GCCACGUCUGCUCUGGCCUCCCAACAGGAUUUAUCUCUUCAAAAGUAGCUUAUUUUGUUAAUGAAAACAACAUGUCGCGUCCAUCAUCUCGCUCGCAGCGCCCGCUAACUCUCACUGAGGAAUUGGAGAAACUCGAACAAUCCAUCACCCUCACACUGCAAGAGAUUGAUCAUAAUUUCAGCCAAGCCCACCGGAUUGUCACGACAAGUAUUCUCCCUCUGGUCGAGCAAUACGCAGAACAUUCGCGAGAUGUGUGGGAGGGUGCAAAGUUCUGGAAACAAUUUUUUGAAGCGAGCGCCAACGUCUCACUGUCUGGUUAUGAAGAGAACCCCGAGGAAGAUACUACCACGACGCAGGACCAAACUGUGACAGAAGGAGAUUCCACCGCCAACACCACACAGCAUGAGGAUGCAUCAUACGAAACCCCAUCUUCGGAGAAUAUCGAUGUCGGUCACAGACCUGACGACCUAGAUCUUACCUCCCUCACACUCUCGUCUCACAGCACGCCUCGCGCCGCCCACCAGUCACGCCAUAUAAGAACGCCGAAUGCAAACGAAGAUCUCACCGGCCCAUCUAUCGCGUACUCAUCGCCGUAUGAAAACUUGCGCAAGCAAAUUGCGGAGACAAAAUCACCUUUUGACUACCAGGAUUCCCCAUCAACACCGACAACACCGGGGAUAUCAUCCAGACACCAGGGCGGCCUGGACGCUUCGAUGACUCCUACCUUGUCCCCAUUCAUCCCACCAGUCUCCCAUGGAAAGUCAUCAACAACCAAAAAGUUCCAUCACCGGAAGCCAUCCGAUCCGGUCAUGCACCAUGUCCUGGACAAGACGUACCGCAUCCAGGCGACUCCUCACGGAAAGGGCUACGGCAAUAACUCCCGUCCUAAAUUCACCGUGACUCCGAAGAAUUCAUCUUUGUCAAAGUAUCCCUUUGAUGACUCCCCUAUUUCCAGUCCGGAACCCGAGGCGCCUCAACUGCACACUGAACUCUUCUCGCCCCUGAAAACACCCAACACAACCCGUCGCAACCGACGAGGAAGCACGGGAUCCUCGCGUAUCACACCUCAACCAGGCGUCAGUGUACUCACACCAGCAAGGAACACCACUACGGGAAAGGGAAAACGCCCAGUCUGGGAUAGCGAUGACGAUUUCGACGAUGAUGACGACUUGGGGCCCAGUCCCCCCAAGACGAUGCAAUUUCAUAUCCCGCAAAGUCGACUUAUGAAGACACCUGCCAAAGAGGCCUCUAAACGAAUCGUCUCGGAUCUACUCACCACCGCCGGCGCAGAGAGCACUACGGACGAUUUUAUCGACGAGCAAAGCCCAAGUAUCAUCCGACGAAUUGAACGAUUAGAGGACGAGACCUUUUGAUUUCGAAGUGCCUUUUGCCUGUCUGUCUGUAUUCGCAGGGAGAACUGAGUCAGUGGGAUUCACAUAAAGCGCAUUAUUACUCCGUACCAUUUCAACCAGCCAGAUUGGUGUAGCACCAAUCAUUACGAUCCAAAUGAAAUGGAAACUUGACUCGAUAGUAUAACCUGCUGCUAUAGUACAAGACAUACAGCGUACACAUUUUGUACUGUACAGAGCACAUUGUGGAGAAGCCAAAUAAUGAAUUCAAAUGGAAAACUCCUCUCUAAAAAGCGAUACGCCCAGCGGUAAGAAAUAAAGGGGGAAAAAGGCUCCAAAAGAAAGCCAGCAGAACAUAACCCAUACCAGCAUGAGUAGUGACAUUUCAUUGCACAUUGCCAAUAGGAAAAAAAAAAAAAAAAUAUAAAAAGGAAAACAUACAUCAUACGCUCAAAAAAGACGGAAUACGCUGUUGAAAAAAAAAAAAAGCCAGAGGAACUGGUGGAGCACAUUGUUACGUCACGAAGAAAAGUGGAGGCAAGAAAGCAAAUUUAACGUAUCAAAGAGAAGAACAAAUCCAAAAGCAGGGAAAACCCGGGGUAUUUCUUGCAGAGCCAAACAUGCAUGUAAACCGUGCCAUCAAGGUCCUGACUGACGGGUGCCUCAUGACCGACAUAGGGUGCUCUUAG